AUGAGGCCGGGCCAUGGAAAUGCCAAAUCUGGAAAAAAGGAUGGCUUGGUAGCACUGCAACCUCCGCGAUGUCUGUCGGCUUACGGUGCCCCCAAUGCCUUGUGGAUUGCAAUGGGUAUCGAGGAAAAUGUUUUUUUUUUCGUUCGCCAGGCCGUGGGUAUCCCUCGCCACGAGCCGCUUGCUGGUUUUAGUAUAAGAGGGGAGAUGGUCCAAAGUCUAGAGAAAAAGAGAAGACAGAUGCAAUCGUGGCCAGCUCAUAAAGAAGUAUCUCAAGGAGCAAGGAUAAUAAUCGAUAAAUACCAUCACCAUUCACUCGCCUCAACAUCCUCCAUCACCCACGUGUCGACAGAGCAAGAAAACCAAGUCGAGAACAAGCCUGUGUUUCCGAGUCAAAUCAGCAUCAUGGCAACAAGACAGCAACAAUGGCAGCCCGGGUCGUGGUACUGCUGCCAGUGUAACGGGUCAAAGACGAACCCACCAAAUAUUCCCGAAACCAACACUUGUGCAAUGUGUCACGCCAACGGCAGCCACCACAUCAAAUGCUCAGACUGUUCUGCGGUGUAA